UCACCGAACAAAAGUCCUAAUUUGACGUCUCCAAUUAACCCACGCUUUGAUGAUGCUUGAGCAUUCCUUCUCUGACGAUAGGGUUGCACAUGCUUGAUUAUCUGCAUUUGGGAUUUUUACGGUUUUUCUUUAUCCUCUUAGGUUGAGAUAAUUGGAGCUUCUGUUUUUGGUUACCUGGGUUUUGAUUACCUGGAGGAAUUUGGUUAAGAUUUGACCUAACUGCUUUGUUUAUGAGAUAUCAUGAAGAUUACUAAGAUUGAGACUGCAAGUAAUUCCGGUGGGAUAGUCGAUGAGGAAGAGCAUGAUUUCAAAUAUGAUUUAAGGUUGGCAAGACGAUGGAAGAGAAGGCGCAUUGCCUCUGAAAAUUUUAGGCCCACUCACCAUAGCUUUAAGGCUUCGAAACAAACUGUUAACGGUGAUAACAAUAAGAAAAAGAAAAAUGGGGCUGUUGAGGAAGUAGUAGUAGUUGAUUCAGAUUAUGAGGAGUUUGUAAAUGAUGUGGUAGAGGAUGUUCAUCUAGAUAGUGAUGCUGGGAGUGCAGAUAAUCUUAAUGGUGCUGAUAAGGACUAUGUUGGUGAGUGUUUAGAUCCUCAUUAUAUGAUAUUCUUAGAGAACUUGAAAGAAGAUGGGAAAUCAUACGUGCUUGAACUUGCUCUCGCUAAUGGGACCUCAGUAGUUGUAAGGUAUGAGGAAGAAAAUGGCUCUAGAAAUGGGCUUGGCGUGGAGAAUUUGGAAGACUCUCAAAGUGAAGAGAACAUAGGAACUGAAAAUAUCUUGAGGAGUCAGUUGGAUCAAGAAGAGAUUGAAUAUCCAAGAAGGUCUUCGAAGAGUAACUCAGCGAGACAAAUAAGUGAAAGCCGGAGUACGGUUCCGAGGAGCAAUUCAGGAUGGAGAAAGACUGAGAGCAGAAGAAAGAAUCUGAGGGGCACAUCUGGGAAAAAAGCUAAUGGGAGUUCUAGUAUUUUGAAUGAUGUUGUAAAGAGUGAAAAGACCAAAAGCCCAAGAACUCUGAGGGGUAAUCCUAGGAGAGAAGAUAAUGGAAGUUUUAGCAUUUUGAAUGUUGCGAAAAGGGAAACGAUGGAUAGUCCAAGAACUUUCAGGAAUAACUUAAGGAGAGAAGAAAAUACGACUCAAACUAUUUUUCAUGGUGUUGUUAAGAGAGAAAAGGUUGAAAACCCAAUACCUGGGAGAAAUGUUUCAAGGAGGGAAGACAAGAAAACACAAAAUAGAUUCAGAGGUUUUCAGACAAUGGAUAAAAAGAGUCGAAUGGCUGUGGAGAAUGUUAAAAAAGAAGCUGAGGAUCAUAUUUCUUGCUCAGCAAAUGACUUUUCAGGCAAGAGAUGUAGGUCCAAAUUUGUGGAUGAAAACUAUCUAAAAUUUCUUAAUUCUCUAACAGAAGAUGGCCAAGAUUUCCUAUGUACACCUAAGGGUGGUAACAAAAUGGCAAAGGAUGAGGAUGAGGGCAGUACUUCUGACUCAGAAGUAAUUAUUUUGGACAAUGAUCCAAUUUUAGAUGGAAAGCAUACUCCAUUUGAAUCUUCAAAGUUUCGCGGUCCAUGUGUUGUUAUAGAUGAUGAGGGAAUCAUGGAAUGUCAAAGAAGCGAGGAGUCUGAAUUCAGAGAGGCACUUAUAGCAAUCCUUCAAAAGCCUUUUGACAUAACAGAGUAUGAAGCUCUUUGGCGAGAUGCAUCUCAGCAAAAGCCAAUGCAGGGAGCAAGAGAAUUGCGUGGACGGACAGUAGUAUUUCCGGUUGAUUCUGAUACUGCAUCAUAUCUUGAUCAGCACGAUAGUCUUGCAAAAAAGAUAUCUCAGGCUGGACGUGAUCGACGCAAAAUUUUGAAUCUCUUACGUGGAUUCUUCUAUUGGUUGCAGAAUUUAACUAAGAAAGGAGCAUUUUAUCCUUGGAUGGACUCACAAUGUCUAAACACCUUGCCACCAGGGAGAAUCCCUCCUAGUUGAGAUUGUAAAAGCUUGAAUUUUCAAAGAAAAUCAUUUACUGGAGAACUUUGGCAGUUUGAUAAAAGACUAGCAUGUACAGGUUAUCUUUUUGCAAUAUCUUGAUGGGCACAAGCUAUCAAGAGAGACUCUUACAACAUAUUUUGCUAGGUAAUUUCACAUCUGAAUUUCAUUGAACUUAAUGUAUGGCUACCCUAAACCCUAAAGUUACAUUGCAUCCAUGUUGUUUUAAAGUUAGCUUGCUCGAUUUCUUUUCUCGUAA